AUGUCUUGCAUGGGCUUCAACAGUCGCACAUCUUUGUUAAUUUUUUUCGGAUUUCUUGGCUUAAUCUCUUUUCCAGUUGAAGCUGCCAUAAAGAAAUACCAAUUUGAUGUGAGUGUCAAAAUCAGCAUGCUUAGCAACUCUAUUUUUGAAUUCUUACAGAUUCAAGUGAAGAAUGUUAGCAGACUAUGCCAUGCAAAACCCAUGGUAACAGUAAAUGGGAGGUUCCCGGGGCCAACAAUUUAUGUUAGAGAAGGAGAUAGAGUACUAAUCAAUGUCACCAACCAUGUAAAAUACAACAUCUCAAUUCACUGGCAUGGACUGAAACAAUAUCGUAAUGGUUGGGCUGAUGGACCAGCUUAUAUUACACAAUGUCCAAUCCAGACCGGUAGCAGCUACACUUAUGACUUCAAUGUCACAGGGCAAAGAGGAACAUUGUGGUGGCAUGCUCAUAUACUUUGGUUGAGGGCCACUGUGUAUGGUGCAAUUGUUAUCAUGCCUAAACAAGGGACCCCAUUUCCUUUUCCACAGCCAGCAAGAGAAUUUGAACUUCUGCUAGGAGAAUGGUGGAACAAUGACGUGGAAGAGAUUGAAAAGCAAGGGAACAAAAUGGGGUUGCCACCAAAUAUGUCAGAUGCACAUACCAUCAAUGGGAAGCCAGGACCACUCUUUCCUUGCUCAGAGAAACAUACAUUUGCAAUGGAGGUUGAGAAGGGCAAGACUUACCUCCUGAGAAUCAUCAAUUCUGCCCUCAAUGAUGACCUUUUCUUUGCCAUUGCGGGUCACAACAUGACAGUAGUGGAGGUUGAUGCAGUUUACACAAAACCAUUCACCACUCAAGCUAUAAUAAUUGCACCUGGUCAAACCACAAAUGUUCUAGUCCAAACAAACCAAGUACCAGGAAGAUACUUCAUGGCUACAAGGACCUUUAUGGAUGCCCCAAUCCCAGUUGACAACAAAACUGCCACAGCUAUAUUCCAAUACAAAGGCAUUCCAAAUACUGUCCUCCCUUCUCUUCCUCAACUACCUGCUGGGAACGACACAGGUUUUUCUAUGAGUUACAACAAGAAACUAAGGAGCUUAAACUCUGCACAGUACCCUGCUAAUGUUCCCCUCAAAGUUGAUAGAAACCUCUUUUACACUAUUGGUUUAGGCAAGAAUUCUUGCCCCACAUGCAUCAAUGGAACCCGGUUACUUGCUUCCUUAAACAAUGUCUCUUUUGUGAUGCCCCAAACCGCGCUUCUUCAAGCUCACUACUUCAACAUUAAGGGGGUUUUCAAAACUGAUUUUCCUGAUAAGCCUUCAACUCCUUUUAACUAUACUGGUGUACCACUAACGGCAAAUCUAGGUACUUCAACAGGCACAAGAGUUUCCAAGAUUGCCUUUAAUUCCACAGUGGAGCUAGUUUUGCAAGACACCAAUCUCCUCACAGUUGAGUCUCACCCAUUCCAUCUUCAUGGCUAUAACUUCUUUGUUGUUGGAACUGGGAUUGGUAACUUUGAUGCUGCUAAAGACCCAGCUAAAUACAACUUGGUAGAUCCUAUUGAGAGGAACACGGUUGGUGUUCCCACUGGUGGUUGGACCGCAUUUCGUUUCAGGGCAGAUAAUCCAGGUGUUUGGUUCAUGCAUUGUCAUUUGGAGUUACACACUGGUUGGGGUUUGAAAACGGCUUUCGUUGUGGAAGAUGGACCAGGACAAGAUCAAUCUGUUCUGCCUCCACCAAAGGACCUUCCAGCUUGCUAGACAUAAAUGAAAUUGUUAACGAGCUCGGAUUGUAUGUGGAACAGUAUUCAUAAUGCAAUGUUUUAACUUUUAUUAUCUGUUAAUACUUUCCUGCAAAAGUUGCAGAGAAUUUUU